AGAUAUGAGGACGCUCAGUGCUGGGACUCAGACCAGCAGCAUCAGUCUGACAUGGAUCAGACGGAUGAAAGCUCAUCUGAUGAAGUAUGCUGUGUGUCUUCAAACUUGCCAGUGCCACCAGCUGUCAACCGUUUCAAGGGAAGGACCUAGGACCUAAGGACCACAUCUUCAAGUGGGCAGUCGGAUACACCGAAGGGCACAUUCCUAAGGAUGCAAAGGAAGCAGAGACCACAAACUGUGCCAGAGACGGCUGCACACGAUCACACUGCAAAUGAGAGGAUGUUCACUAUCCUUGAGAAGAUCAUCGAGAGGCUGGACUAUCAUGAGCAGCUGCUCCUGCAGAUUGCAGAGCGCCAGCAGGUGGCACUGCCGGUAGAUGUGGAGUUUGGUGAGGAGACUGUUCUGCCACCGUUACCCUGCGAAAGCAGGGAGGCUCUACAGGAGCUCAACACCCUCCUGGAGACUUCUCAUGCUGCCAGAAAGCAAUUGGUGCGCAUCAUCAGCCUCGUUGGUGAGACGGGGCAGGCGGUGUGUGCCAAUGCUCUGAAGAAGAUCGUGGGCCAUGAGGUCAGUAAGACCUACAACCUGAUGGGCACCAAGGGGAAAGCUUCAUUUGCAGAAUUAAGAAGUCUGCAUGCUGCAGUCACAGAGGGGAUACGCACCAACAACGGGAUGCAAGAUACAAGUGACAGAGACAUCGCAAACUGGGCUGGCCGUUGGUUUACAAAUGCGCGUGACCGUCAAGGAGACAGACAGGCAAGGAGGCAGGCAAACACGGCGCAAAAGUCACCAGCCAGAUAUGAAAAUUAUAGACUGUAACCUAGAUGAUUCUAGACUGUGUGGUAGGGCAUUAUUCAUUUUUCAGUGAUUAGCAGAGGACCCACCCAUUGAGUCUGUGACCAGGAACUUGAUAUUGUAAACUGUGGCUGCUAUUUUCUUGAGAUGUGUUAUAAAGAAAUGGAGAUUUUGAUGAUUGACUUACUGUAGUUAUGAUGGACUCACUAUGUAAGAAUAUCGAACUCACAUGACUUGAUAUAUGCCUGAUACUGCCAUUCUUGUAUAAGUUUCAAUGCAUUAUUUUCAUUGUGAAAUGUGACUUUUCUUGUCAUUUAAAUCAACUGGAAGUACUGUUAUGUAUUCAACACACACACACACACACACACAUGCAUACACACCCAUAUAUGCUGCUUGCUUGCCUCUACUGGUGGUUGGCU